AUGGCUGAUGAUAAUCCUGCGAAAGGUUUAUAUGAUAAAACUGUACAAAUGGUACAUAGUGUACAAGAACAUAUAUCGAAUAUUACUGGUACGAGUACUGCUCUGUCUAAACAAGUCAUAUUACAAAAAUUAUUAGAAAAUGGUACUCUACAAAUGGAACAUAUUCGAAAUGCUCUUCAAAUAGGCAUUGGCUAUUAUCUCAAUCGAAAUCUUCAACAAAUCCCUUAUACAACACAACAUUUGAAUGAUAGUACCGAAGAUGUUGAACGAUUAAACUUUCCGGCAUCCGGAGGAGGAGAGAAAAAUACUCCAUCACACCAGUUACCGGACUUCGAUUGUGAAGCCUACGCACUAAAUACUUUCUUUUGUUUAAUGAAUGUUUAUGGUAUUGAUCCUCGUAUUUUACGUAAUUCCGUUGUCAAUAGUGGUGAAUUAAAAGAACUUGCAAAUCCAGCAAGUAGUGGAUCGUUAUUGUAUCUUUCAGCUGAUAAAGAAUUUGUUGUUAAAACGAUUCGAGAUUAUGAUACCAAAUUUAUUCAAGAAAAAUUUUUAUCAACCUUUAUGGACUAUGUGAGAAAAUGUCCAAAAACAUUGAUAACAAAAUUAUUUGGAUUGUAUGGCUAUAUUCCAUCUAUACCGAAAGAAAAACUAGGAUUUAGUAUGGAAACGUUUACACUUCAUUUUGCUAUAUUUAGUAAUUUUAUUCCGUCAAAAUUUGAAAUACAUGAAAAAUAUGAUUUGAAAGGAUCAAGUUUUGGUCGUGAUGCUAAUGCAAUAGAAAAACGAAAAGAUACUCCAACAUUCAAAGAUAAUGAUUUUCGUGAUUUACAUCCAAAUGGCAUCAAAUUAUCACCAAGCAUUUAUAAAAAUUUAACAGAUAUUUUAACACAUGAUAUUAAAUUUUUAGAAAGUCUAAAUAUAAUGGAUUAUUCAUUAGUAUUAGCUAUACAUAACAAAGAUAAUCCAAUAAAACCAAAACGUAUUGGCAUCCUUGAGAGUUUAUUGGAAUCUGCACGAGAUACAUUUAUGGUUGGUCAAUCAGAAACAACGGAUAAAAAAGACGAUGAUAAAGAGAAAAAUGAUAAAUCAAAGCAAGAAAGAUCCAGUGAUACGAUGGGAAUGAGAUAUCAAACAAUCAAUACAUAUGAUACAUUAAAAUUUGAUGGAAUUCCUGCAGUAAAUGAAGCAGGGGAACGUUUAUUAUUAUUUAUUGGUAUUCUUGAUAUAUUACAAACGUUUGAUAUUUGUAAAACAAUGCAACGUCAAUAUGAAACAGCUGAAAAUAGUUCGGCUAUCGAUGACCGUUCAAUUGUUGAAGCCGAUUUUUAUGCUAAUCGUUUUAAAGACUUUAUAUUCAAUGAUGUUUUCAAAUCAACCACUGAUGAAACUGGUACACAUUCAGUGUCUUUAUCUGCUGUAAAGUCGCACAAUUAA